GUUUAAGGAGUUUCAAAAGUGUUUGUUCAGUUACGAGUUGUUAUAUUGAUUCAGUUAUCCAACUAGCUAGCUAUGAAUAAAGAAGAAAGUUUAUCGGACCCGCGUCCAGCAUCACAAGAGCUGCACAGUCCGUCGCGUCAUUGCUAUACACCUACGCCGUCAUCGCAUGGACAACAGUCGGCAAAUGCAACAGCAGCGAUCACUGCCCCACAGCCUACACUGACCACGUCGAGUCGCCUCUUGGGCUGGAAUCAUAGUGCAGCCGCCGCGGCAGCCGCUGCAGCGGCAGCUGUUGCGUCCAAUCAUCAGGCGGCCAUCGCGUCCAGCCAGUCGUCGGGUGAUCAGGCCGCGCUGACGCGUCUGAAGGGUCAGAAUCUGGGCCUCAUCUGCGUGGUGUGUGGCGACACCAGCUCCGGCAAACAUUACGGCAUACUCGCCUGCAACGGUUGCUCCGGCUUCUUCAAGCGCAGUGUGCGGCGCAAGCUCAUCUACCGCUGUCAGGCGGGCACCGGACGUUGCAUUGUGGACAAGGCGCAUCGGAAUCAAUGCCAGGCCUGCAGGCUCAAGAAGUGCCUUCUAAUGGGAAUGAACAAGGAUGCGGUGCAAAAUGAGCGACAGCCACGCAACACGGCCACUAUACGGCCGGAGACACUGCGGGAGAUGGAGCACGGACGGGCGUUGCGUGAGGCAGCCGUAGCCGUUGGUGUUUUUGGACCUCCUGUGUUACUAUCGCCGCCCUGCUACGGCACCGGCCUCUUGCCGCCGCCCUCGCUGGGCAGUUUGCCGACGGGACGUCUACUGCAUCACAACCACCUCAGCUCAUCCAUGCAACUGGCCACGAAUCACAUGGGUCAUGCGAGCAGCUUUCCCAUCUUCAGUGCGGCCGGGCUGCAUCAUUCGCCCAAGGAGAAGGUCGCUUAUGGCUCCGUUGGCAUGGAGCUCUCCAGCAGCGGCAAUAUCUCUCAUUCGACCAACUCGAGCAGCAAUCACAGCAUUGAUCCCAACUCACCGGCGCCGGAUGCAACCAAUGAUAAGAAUCAGGCCGGCGGCAGCGUCUCGUCCAUCAGCUCUUCCAGUCCCACGCCGGAGAAUGAUAAUGAUGAUGACUCUAUCGAUGUGACGAAUGAUGAGGAGCCGCAUGCGGGCAGCAGAUCUGAUUCCAGUUUCAUAAUGCCACAGUUCAUGUCGCCCAAUCUGUAUGCCCAUCAGCACGAGACCGUCUAUGAGACGAGUGCCCGAUUGCUCUUUAUGGCCGUCAAGUGGGCCAAGAAUUUGCCCAGUUUCGCUAGAUUGUCGUUCAGGGAUCAGGUCAUACUGCUGGAGGAGUCGUGGUCGGAGCUGUUCCUACUGAAUGCCAUCCAAUGGUGCAUACCCCUAGAACCCACUGGUUGUGCUCUCUUCUCCGUGGCCGAACACUGCAAUAAUCUAGAGAAUAACGCCAAUGGUGAUAAUUGUGUCACCAAGGAGGAACUGGCUGCUGAUGUGCGCACGCUGCACGAGAUCUUCUGCAAGUACAAGGCCGUCCUGGUGGAUCCGGCUGAAUUCGCUUGCCUCAAGGCAAUUGUGCUCUUCCGACCCGAAACCCGUGGCCUUAAGGAUCCGGCGCAAAUCGAAAACCUGCAGGAUCAGGCACAUGUGAUGCUGUCGCAGCACACGAAGACACAGUUCACCGCACAAAUAGCUCGGUUUGGGAGGCUGCUGUUGAUGUUGCCGCUGCUUCGGAUGAUAAACUCGCACAAGAUCGAGUCGAUCUUCUUUCAGCGCACCAUUGGGAAUACGCCCAUGGAGAAGGUGCUCUGCGACAUGUAUAAGAAUUAGCUA